AUGGGUCACAACGUGGAUGGGACGACGGUACCGUCGCCGGGCUCCCUCAUUGCCGCGGCGCGCGCUCUCUGCGCCGUCUGUAGCAGCGCCGAGCAGCCCGGAACAAUCCCCGCCUUAGUCUCGGAUUCGCGCCCCCCCCCUGCGGUUCUCGGCGUCGGCAGCGCCAUGGCCCCGUCAGGCUCCUCGGCGGCCCCCGCGCGCGACAAACGCAUCAAGGUGUGCGUCCGCCUGCGCCCGUUCACGCGCACCGAGAAGCUCAAGGCCGGCGGCAAAGCGGCCUGGACCUGGCAUGAAAACACUAUUUAUCAGCAGAUUUUUCCGGCGCAGAUCCCGUCGCGGGUGGCCACGAGCGACGGCGAGGAGAAGAAGCGCAGCGGCGGCUCCACGGCCUCCUCCAGCUCCUCGGCGCUGCGAGACUCGGCGUCGACGCUGCCGUCGUCCUACAGUUUCGACUACUUGUACCCCCCGGCGACUCAAACCCAAACGGUUUACCAAGACACUGUCAAGGAUGCUAUUAUGGCGGCGAUGGAGGGCUACCACUCGUCCGUGUUCCUCUAUGGACAAACGGGCACGGGCAAGACGUACACCAUGCAGGGCGGUCGAGGCGACCCCGGCAUCAUCCAGUUAGGCGUGCAGGAUAUCUUUGACCACAUCGCGCGGCACCCGAGCAUGGAGUUCUUGCUGCGCUUUUCGUACCUGGAGAUUUACAACGAGCGGAUCCACGAUUUGCUGGCGGCCGGGGCGAAAUCGGAUAUCAAGAUCUACGACGUGCACAACCGAGCCGCAGCAGCGAACGCGCGCGACGGGUUUGUCACGAAAGACGUGGUGAUCAAGGGGUUGCGCGAGGAGAUCGUGCUGUCCACGGAGCACGUGCUUUCGCUCGUGGAGGUGGGCAACCUGCACCGUCACAUGGCCAUGACCGACUCGAACGACCAAUCCUCCAGGUCUCACGUCGUGUUCCGAAUGGUCAUUGAAAGCCAAGCGAAACGGAAUAAUAGAGACCAAGGGGAAGUAGCGCCAGUGCGCUCCGCCACGCUGAAUAUUAUCGAUCUCGCCGGCUCCGAGAGCGUUCGACUAGCGAACACUACAGGGCAGGCGUUGGAGGAAGGCAAGUUCAUCAACCGCAGCUUGCUCACACUAGGCCACAUCAUCUGGAAGCUCAGUCGUGACCGGCACAGGAAAACCCCCAGCGGUGUCAGAGCCCCGAGUACACCACACUUGCCGUACCGCAACUCCAAACUCACCCGGAUUUUGCAGCCGUCGCUGGGAGGCCAGGCUCAGAUCGCGAUCGUUUGCACCGCUUCCCCGUCAGUCGAGUGCUUGGCGGAGACGCACAACACGUUGAAGUUUGCGAGUCGUGCUCGAAGGGUACGCAACCGGGUGGCUGUGAACGAAGGUUUAGGAGAGUCAGCUCUGCUGCGGAAGUACCGAGCGCGUAUCCGAGAGUUAGAGGAGCAGCUUGAGCAUCUGCAGAUACGGCGGAGACCGAGAGGGCCAGCACAGACGAGCAGCUCGACACCAUCACCACUAGACGAGCGGCAGAUGGAGCUCAAGUUCGCCAUCAACAACAUCAACAGGGUGAUUCUGAACUCCUCGCAGGCACAGGAGCGACCCGAUGACGAGGAGCUGGCGUCGAUAGAUGAGGAUACGUUUCCUGCCAUGGCCACCCCGCCUCAACCAUGGGAAGCGUCCCAAGCACCACCGCCAUUUCAGACAACACGACGGAGUGAUCCUCAAGUGCAGCGAAAGCCGACCCCGAGACAGCUUGCCGCACGACAGCAGGCUGAAGUGGAGCGAGAGAUUCCUCAAACGCAGUCCAGGGCAGCCACGCGGCCGCUGCUCCGCCAAGAACCAGUCCACAGCUCCAGCACUGUGAGUAUUUCUCAGCCAGAGCCUGAAGAGGAGGAGGAGGGCAAGGACGACGACCACGCGCGACCACGCCUUGUUCACUCUGGAGAUUCGGCCAACACUUCGAACAAGACUUUGAUCGGCAGUGGCGGGAGUGCGAGCACCAAGACGUUGCCGCUGUCGACGUCGUCGUCUCGACACCUGACCGACAACGACGAAGACCUCGCGGAGACCAAGGAGGAGUACGACGGUGACGAAGAGGACGAACCGGAGCACGAGGAGGACGCGCUGCAUGACACUCCGACUCACCCCGAAGCCGUUUUUGAAGAAGCACCGAUCGCCCCGAGCCCGAUGCCUCAGACCAGCACUCGGCCGUCCCUCACGUCGAUGCUCAAGACGAAGUAUCUGGACGAGUUGGCCAAGAUGGACCAGCGCGCUGGCAGGUGGCAGCACACGGACCAGAGCGAGUUGUUCAAGCAGAAGGAGCUGCUGCGCGAGUUCGUGCGCGGCCUCGAGAUCGCCCAAGCCGAGCAAGAGACGCGCAUGAGCAAGAUCCGCGAACUAGAGCUCGAGAACCGCCGACUGCGUCAGACAGUGUCGGCUCGAGAAGACGAGCUGUCCCAGCUGAAAGCCGAGACCCGCGACGCGCCGUCGUCCUAG